AUGAUGAUACAAGAAGCUGCAAAAUCAACCGACCCAAUUUACAACGAAUCUUUCGAUCAAUAUGGUAUCCCGCUAUCCGUUGGCCACAGUGCACAAACGGAUCUUCCCGUUUGGCAGUACAUACAUAAGCUAGCCACUCCUAUUCCAAACCCUAAAAGUGCCGAUCGCUUGUUCACUCACAUUUGCGUCCUGUGCUCGGCCUCUCCUCCUUUGCGUCCUACGAGUAAGCGAGUCAUCACAUGGCGCAAUGCUUUAAUGCGCCAACGGAUGUCUACGAAUGCUGUAGCACACUUGCAACGUGUACAUCCGGAUGAGUUCGGUGCAAUUGCUGAAUAUAAGCAACGCAAACGCGAAGCAUUGGCAGACAAGGCUACGAAAAAGGAAGGACAAUCUCACUCAAAAAAGGCAAAGAUUACGUCAAUUCCAAAGCGAAAGAUCUCAGUUGAUCGCCAAGUUGAUGUGAAGCAAGAGACUGAGUCUUUAGAUACAGCUCUAGUGCCUAAGACUCAGAGAACGACAGCGUUGUCUCGCAAACGCAAGACAACAGAUCUUAUCAAGACUUGGCUCAUUUCAUCAGGUUUGCCUAUCUCCGUGCUUCAAAACGAAGCUUUACAACAUCUUCUAAAACUUGCAACUUCGCUUCCCUCUGUCUUACCAACUGUGCUUGAUCUAAAUGCGCAAGUACACGAAGAGUUUUUAACAUUUCGCUCUCUAUUGGAAUCUUACCUUGCUUUCGAGUAUCAAGCUGCUAUGAAGUUGCCAUUCUUGUCGUUCCAUCAUGCAUAUCGACCAAUGAGUGGUGCUACUGCUGCUCAUCGUGUGUCUUCGGAGUCCAAUAAAAUGCUUGGCAAAGCGUUUUUUGAUGUCUCAGUUGGAUUUAUUGAUUCCAGGUGGCGCAAGGUGGAUUUAAUGCUCGCGUCUAGACAAGUACCAAAUGACUGGAACGAGCAACUAACGGAACGUGUGAUAGAGAUUAUAUCAACGGCCUAUAACAUUCAACCGCUUUCACAUUAUACACGUUUUCAUAUAGGUGCUGUCAAUAACUUUGCUGCAGAAAAGGAAGAAGACGGUCAUUUAAUUGACGAUGAGGACGUGUUGACGCACACUUUGCGUCAUUGUGUAAUGAAUGCUCUAGAAGUCAGUGCUGAAAGUUGCUUGGGUGAAGAAUCAACCGUUCGUCGCGUCUUGCGAUUACUACAAGAGCUAGCAAAUAGUUUUAAAGAGCCGGAGCGAGCGUCUGUGAUUGCCGAAAGUGGUGGUACUAGUAACUUUCUAUCUCCAGCUAUCUCAGUCGAUACGCUUGCGCUCUCUUCACUGACAUCGAUCGGUGCAAUUGCUGAGCUCUUGCGUGUAAGCUGCUCGCGGUACCACACUUACUGGCAAUACUAUCAGUCACAUGACAAAUUAACCGAUGAAAUAUGGACGCAGCUUUCAUUGGAUGACUGGCAUACUGUUACAGAAAUUGAAGCACUUUUAAAUCAUUUAGUACAAUUUCGUCUUGAAGAGCGCACCCCGUUAAGACCAGGAGCAGUUGCUUCGUCAUACGUACUGCUAUUCCGGCGCUUGCUGUCAGUCACUGUGAAUGCUUCCAGCUUCAAGUGCUUUUGUCUUGAAGACGAAAAUACAGCAAAUUUGUCUCCCACGACGCGUUCUAUGCGUCGCAAGGCUAAGCGUGUGGACACAUUUACUGUCGCUGGUCGACAAUGUAUCGAGCGACUCAAACAACUUAUCACACAACAAUUUACAACGUCAGAUCCAUCUGAAGUUGAUGAUGAAAUCAAAGCUAUGCUUUUAGAUCCUCGUAUCAGUGCUAAAGCGAUCACUUUGGUCAACGAUACUCAAGUUUUUCACCGCGCUGAAGAAGCUCUACGCCAGGAACAUCAGGUUGUGUUUCAAUUGCUUGCCAGACCAUACGGUACUAGCGGAUGUAAUGAAGACGACGACGAGGAAGACGAUGAAAUAAGUUCACUUUUGAUGGUUGAUGGACCAAAGAAUCAACCUGCUCCUACGUCACCUACCAAUACUGAAAGACGAUCAAAGGACGCUGUUGUGGAAGAAGAAGCUCGUGCUUGGCAAGAAUGGCAACAAGUGUAUGUAGCAUGGGAUACGAUUGCAGACAAGGGUGCAGAUUUGUUUGAUAAGGGCCAGUACAAUUUACUCAAAUUGUACCACCACGUGAAUAUCCUCAAGUGGUUUCGUGAUGUUGGACAGCAGACACAUCCAGCGGCGGCAUUACUUGCUCGUAUAUAUCUUGGCAAGCAAUUGUUUUCAUCUCCCUCUUCGAAAUUGUUGAUGUCGCGAUUUAUGAGACAAGAAGAGGCUAAUUGGGUGGAUGAAGUUGCUCAACGCGCGGAAAAACGCUGUGUUCUUUACCAUAAUUGGCAUCAUAUUCAGCAACUCCAUGCAGAAGUAGAACCUCGUCCACCUACUGAAGAACAUGUUUACACUGGGAUUGUUUGA